GGGCGACUGAGAGCGAGAGACGAGAGCCGCGCAGCGCAGCGAUUGCCCGAGCCGCCGAUGUCCCAAGCGCUGGUCAGCUGGUCGGCGGACGCGGCGCUGCUCGAGGAGGCCCAACAUCGUCAUCGUCAUCAACAGCAGCCGAAGAGCGCGCAGGAAGCGGUGGCUGGCUCUUGGCGGGCCCCCCAAGCCCGAGCGCCAGCUCUGAAUGUCUUCGCACAUCCGCCAGUCGUGUGUGACAUUUGAAGCGAUCCUGAGCGACAGCAGCAAAAAGUACCAGGACAAGGUGAACGCAUUAUUGGCCGCCUGGGAGCAUGUGGCGAACGACAUAACGCGCGCCAGGCACCCGCAGCAGCAGGCGCAGCAACAAACACAGCCGCCGCAGCAGCAGCAGCAGCAACAGCAGCAACAGCAUCACGAUACGCCCGAGGCGCUCGUAGAAUGGGCCAACGAGCACACGCUCAAGCUGGUACUGAGCGGCGAGUGGCCAAAACUGGCCAACGCCACCAAGACUCACCUUACUCACACCCUCGAGCGCUGCGCUCGCGAGUUAGCCCAGCAGAAGCUCGACUUCGCCGCGCGCCGUUGCAGCGAUCUCGUCGACCUUGUGCGCAACCCUUGGGGCAAGCCCACCCUCGACAAGAUCAUCCACGGCCAGCUCAGCCAGGAGCAUGAGGAGGAAGAAUUCUGCUGUCAGGAGAAAGGCGAGCUGCUGAAGAUGCGACUGCGAAUACUCUGCGAGGAUCGCUGCGAGGAUUUGGCCAUGCACCUUGCGGCGGCCUGCGUGCGCUCGCUGCGGCGCAGCAACCGGCUCCGCGAUCUAUCCGAGCCGUCGCACGUGCAAUACAUGAUGGACGUGUAUAUGGUGCUGCUGGCCAAGCUCAAGCGCACCCAAGAGAUCGUCGCCCAGCUGAAGCUCAUGGAGCUGCAGGACUCGCUGGAGUUAAUGCAGCGGUUGAGUGGCGAGCGCCCUACCAAAUACGGCACCGCACGUGUAUGGCGUAGCGCGACCAAGGCUGCGCACAUCGUCGCCCAGUACCUCGUCACCACGGGCAUGCUCCGGCCGAUGGCCGAUCCGCACUCCUCCGAGACCUUCACGCACGUACUCAACUCCUGGGCACUGUUGCACGCCAAGGGCAAGCACGCCCUGGAUACGCUGCCCGACCUCAUCCGCAAGCUCAUCGAGCCCGCCGAGAGCGCCCAGCACAUCUAUCUCUUCUGCCACGUGCUUGUUCAGAACUUCGGUGACGGGCUCAAGUCACUCGUCAUUGAGCUUUACAUCCGCGCGCUCACCACCGACAUGAAUGAGCUGGAGGACCACCGUAUCAACAACGAAAAGGAGAAGAUUCAGGAGACCUCCCAGCGACUUAGCCGGGGCUUUCUCCACCUUGCCGAUUACGUUGAUCUCAUGGGCGUUGCACGCGAGUGCGUGCUCACGGCCUUCUCACUACACCCCACCCGGCCCUGCUACGAUCGCAUCAGGGAGAUGGCUUGGAGGUGUGGUAAGAUCGGCUCGUUGGAGAAGGAAGCGUUCGAUGCUGUGGCUGCUGCUGACAACGACGACGAUGACGAUACCACCCCUGUCGUGAAACUCGAAGUCGCGGAUAAGGCAGACGACUCAAUUUCGAGUGCAGAACAUGAAAGUUCAAUGAGGAGCCUGAACGAGAGCUCGGUCUCGCUGACGAGAGAGGCGAUAGAGAGGAUAGUCGGUGCUUCGUUGAACAAGCAGCCGCAGAGCCAAGCGAAUGACAGCAAAAGCCAGCAGCUGAGGAUAAAGGAUGAGCCUCGAGAUGUUUGUCCGAACCAGGAGUCGAAAAGUCCGGCUGAGCAAGAGCCGCAGCCGUCACUUGACGAUCGGCCGGAGCCGAAAGUUGAAACGCCAAAACUCUCUAGCAACUUGGAUGCGUUGAUUCGUAUUACGGGUGACGUGAUUACUGGCUCGGCCAACUAUGACGAGAAGGCUGUGCCCAGUCUGCUUCUCGAUGGUGACAAACUCGGCAUCAGUCCGCAGUUGAUCGACGAUCUCUCCGUUAUACUCAGUAGUCCAAGGUUUCAACUGAUCAAUUGGACUCUAGAAUGGAAGGAGCUCAGUCAAAUCUGCCAAAGCUACCUUCAGGACGCGGAUAAGAUGCGUAACACCGACAAGCAACUCAAGUACCUGAAUAUCGAUUACUCCCAGUUUCUCAAUCAGCCUUACAACAAUUCCUGGCGGGAUGAUCCGCAUUACGGUAUCGAGAAAGGCUACGAGCAGUGGUAUUACACAGACUCCUCCGAGUCCGACUAUUACCAGGGACCUUCCAAGACAACUGCUGCUCGGCGUAGUCUCGAUGACAGUUCGGACAGCGACAGCGAACACUUUGUGCGUAGCACUAAGCGUAGAACUAAAAAAGUGCCGAGGCUAGACUCGUCGGAAAGCGAGAUGGAACGAAAAAGCCGAAAGCCAAGACAGAAAUUCAGGAAAGUCCGGACAACCAGCUCCGAGAGCGAUUAUACGCAGGACAGUCAAACGAGCAGCUUAGGUAGCGAUGGUUGUAAAAAGAAUUCCAAAAAAAUAGUUAAAAAAACAUGCAAUGGGACUAAGAAAAUUAUCAAUGGUCGAUCAAAGAAAUCGAAAUCUAUCAUCGAUCCUUUUCAUAUCUUCGACGAGAAUUUCCAACCUUCUGAUGCCAGUGAUGAUGGCACAAUGACCCUUUUCUCCGCGGACGAGAGCAAGCACGAGACCAUUACGGGAUCAGCGGCCUUUAAUGCAGCACAAAUUAUCAUCAACAAACGAAGUGAUCCCGAAGUUAUCAAAUCUCUGCGUAUGUUUAGGCCGUCCAACAAAAAAGUAUCAUCAUUCAAUCAAAAAGCAAUCAACAAUGGUAUCAAGAAGAAAGAACACAACGCCGACGAGAAAAAUACCAACGAUAACUUGCCCAAGAAAUUUGCACCGAUGCUCAGUACCAUCAAUUUGAGUCCUAAAAUCCCACUUAGGCGAGUCGACGAGGUUGAGAAGCAUUUGCUCAAUAAGAAAACGAUUAGCACCUCGAUUAACACUCUGGACUUGAGCAAUGAACUAAGGCACAUUCAGGAGAAUAUGCCUUUUUCUUCAACUAAGAGUUCUUUGACCAAUUAUCAAAAGCAGAAGUCGAGAUCGCGGAAAAAAUCUAGCAAGCCGAAUCUGCAAGAGUUAGUACAGUCGAUGGAAUUCUCCGAAGCGCCACGCGUACAACAUACAGUACAUGUGGUUCAAGUUACGCGUAACAUUCCGCAAAGUCCCAACUCAACUGCCUCGGGUAAUACACCCCCGCGCAAUCGAAGUAACAUUCAAUUGCCAGGCACACCAUCGUCUGGAGGUCAUGACAGUGGAGUAGGAAUGAGCCCAGCUGGUCAAACUCCACCUCCGCCCACGAGGUCGAGUUCCCUUCAGGACGUCGGCGAGGAAGCCAAUCAGCCACCCGACAACUCUCCCGGACUCGCAGAUUCAACCAACACAUCAACGAUGGAUUCAAUGGAUGGUACGAGAACAGUUGCACUUACGGUUUUAUCUAAUCAGAGGAUCGCAUCGAAUCAAUCGCCUAAGAAAUCGCCGUCUCCGUUGACAAAUAACUCGCAAGAACAACAGCAGCAACACGUCGUUGUUCGCAAGCCUGACGGUACGUUACACCUGGUCAGUCCGAAUGUGGUUGCAGGCCAGAGAAGUAUUCUGUCGCUGCAGAACUUUGAGGAUGGCAAUAUUAGUUUCGCACGGCAAGUCUCAGUUGCAUCGGUCGCCGGGGCAGAAACGAAAACUACGCAAGCUCAGGCAACGAGAAACGCUGCUUUGCCUAAAUUCCAACAAGCUUUUGGUAAAACGAUUUGCACCCUAUCCACCGAAUCUACGACAGUUCCAUCGACUUCUGCAACCGAGACUCGUGAAUCAUCAGCGGUACCUGCUUCAGCAAUAACAAACGUCCAUCAGCGCAUUAAUGCCAAAUCAACGGCCAAUAACUCGAAAAGCAUACAAACUUCGGUACAAAACGCAAGUAUCGUCAGCAUUCCAAGCCUCCAGCAGGCGGCAGCGGGUACACGACAAAUCCUCAACAUUGUGCAAAGUGCCAAUUCUAACGCAACGACCGUCAGUGGACCAACGCUACAGGUUGUUCAGAAUUCCACACCUGGUAACGUCAUUUACUCGAUCCCGUCAACGCCCAAAAUUGCUGGACAAAACGCCACACAACUCAUAUCAAUACCUGCCACGGCAAUCGCCAAUAGCCGUGCGCCCGUUCAAGUCAAACUCAAUAUCAUCAGAACGCCCUAUAGACCAGGUCAGCCAAUUCAAGCUGUGGUCCAUACUCACAGAGUACAACCUCCAGUUCAGCAAACCCAAACGAAUCAACCGCAACAGCAACAGCAGCAACAACAGCCACAGCAGAUCAAUUCUACAAUGGAAAUUCCAAAUCAAGCGAGCUCGUCGACGCUUCGCGAACAACUUCGUGAGUUUGACAGUGUAUUAGAGCAAGUAAAGCAGCGCAGCACGGGUCAGUCGUCGUCCACCGACACGACGACCAUUCAAACACAGACGCAAACGCAGACGGCGCAGACGGCACAGAUCGCGGCCACUGGUGUUAAGCAGACACAGCAAGUGUCAGUCGGCGCACUGACUCAGCAACUGCUUAUGUCGUCGCAGUCACCGAGUAGCGCGGUCGAGUUUCCCAGUAAUGGUAGCACGCUCACGUUUCAACAGCAAGAUGUCUACCAACAGAAAGUGGCCCUCAUGUACACCAACAAGAGCAGCAGCUCAUCAACGCCCAAUUCGACGCCCGUGGUCGUUGUUACGUCUUACUGUCAGCCGGCUGCCUCGCCCGCGUUGAGUGUCACAUCGCAGAGCUCGUCCAGUCCAUGUGUUACACCUGCCCCCACGCCGGUCUUGUCCACCGGCAAAACGCCGCCACAAUCUUCUUCGAAGAGCUCGAAAAAAUCCACUACUCCAAAGAGUGUCAAAGUCAGCGCACAGACUGCCGCCAAACAAGCACCCAUCCCCAAACCCCAGCAGAAGCCACAAGAGGAUCCCGAAACUACUCAAAGGAUAUAUGCAAUCCUGGGCCAAUACGCUGAACAACUACGUAACUCGCCAGAUUUGAACAACAAACCAGCGCCUCGUCGGCGUUCCAAUCCACCAACGAACCCGAAUCAGUCGUCCAAACGAAAGAAGUCGGGUUCCAGUAAAUCGAAAGGUGGUACCUCAGGUCAGCAGACGUCAGAGCCCAGCCCUAGUGCUGAUGAUAUGAACAGGACGAUGGGCAGUAGCGAGGAUUCAAGUGGAGGAGGUGGUGGCGCGGGUAGCAUUAGUGGCAACGGCAGUUCUCUUAUGCAUAUACAGGACAGUCCUGCUGGAUAUUCGGCCUCCGAGGAGACUUUGGUUAGCAGUAACAACAAUAGUCAAAGUGGCAACAACGAUAGCGCAUCGCUUAGUAAUAUCACGGAGACGAAACCAACUACCGUGACUAGUGACUCAAAUGACAGCCUUGAGGGAAAUGUGAAAAGAAGAAAUCUCAUUUUCACAGAACCCAACUCAGGCCAAGCUCGAGCUGUAAUCGUGCAAGAAGCACCAAACGUUGGAGAGACCAUCUCCUCGGUAACCGGCGGCAAAGUGACCACGGGUACGGCAGUGCUGGUGUCAGGUACGAAUUUCAUGCUCCCGAUGAAUUUUGUUAAGAGCGGCCAGCAGAUCACCGUCGUAUCGGGCGGUUCGAAACUACUCGCGGCAGUGCCAGCGGUGCGUACCACCGGCAACGCCUCGGGCGUAUCCAAUGCUUUCGUCCUGCAGUCAUUACUCAGCCAAGCCAACAAAGUCAUACAGCAGCAGCAAAAUCAACCGAAACUCAAGCUCGCGCAUCAGAGUCAAAUCGUCAUACCUCAAACAGGUGGCGUCGUCAGGUUCGCUAACGAUGAUAGCAGCAGCGACAAGAGCGACAGCAAGCCCGAUUCCAAUAAACCGCCGCCCAGCACCACCACGAUAGGACUGUUUCAACACUCGGGAGUCAUCACGAGUAAUCCGACAAUUGGCCAACGAAUCCUCAACUCUUCCACUGUAAAGUUGCCCGCCGUCAAAGCUGAUAGUGCACAGAAGGUUGUGUGUUUGACUACGCCGGCAAAAAUGAAGGAAAUUGAUGCGCAAAAUACCACAACAAUUGCGUUAGCAUUUACUCCAAGUACUGAUGGAGCUGGUGCUGCUGCCAAUGCUACGGCUAUUAAGGAGAUGAAAGACCUCGAGACGUCAUCCAAAGUCGAGACACUCACGGCCACUACAUCGACCAAGGGACUUAAACGGAAAGAGGAACAGAUCGACGAUACUUUUCAUUUGAAUGCUACAGCGGAUGCAACACAGUCGCUGAACAAAAAGAGUAAGCAACAGGCAUCGCAAGCAUCAGCCAUGACUUCAACGACAAUAACGUCAACCAUGGAUAACUCUUCACAAUUCUUAGUUAGCGUUGGAACCACGAGUUCGGAUAGCCAAGAAUCAGCCUCGUCAACUAUUCCAAGCUCGGCGAUUGAAAGUAGUAGUAUGGAUGGGACAAAAGUUGAAAACGGAGUUCUCUGUGGAAACGCUAGACUUCAAGAAGCCUGGGAACCCGAAAGAAAAGGAUCGCCCGACACGCCUUGGAGGUAUCCCCCGACUACUAACGCACUAGGAAUGGAGCCGCUAAAAGCUUAUUCCCGUGACAGUGAGAGCUCCGAAGUGACCCAAAAUAGCGUUCUUCAAACGAUAAAUAAGGGUCAAGCUAUCGAGAUGUCAAGUGGAGGUAUCUUUCAAACGAAGAAAUUCUUUCCUUCGAUGAACAACGCCAAAAGCUUGGUAAAGAGUGGACAGGCGAAUAAUGCUAGACCAACUGCUGAACAAGAAAAUCAGCAAAGGAAACAGCUUGCGAUGGAACACGCGUUAAGGCUACAGAAAAGUUUGAGCGAAGAGUGCGAGGAUUUAGGAGUUGAUGAGCCUAGUACGAGUGAUCUCUUCCCCGAGGCCGAUUUGCUUUUUGACACAAAUAAUUCGCCGGCCUUUGAUCAUUCGUCUCAGGAAGCCAGCUGCAGCCAAACUUUGAGUGGGGGUAUGAGUUUGAGCAACAACAAAACUUAUGCGGGUGCAAACAGUACUUUGUCAUUCUUCAAAACCAUCGACUCCGUCUCUUCUGGCAGCCGAGAUGCAAGCCCUGUAGUCACGCCAAAAAACUCUGCGUCCGUUUCGAUUAAGAAGAAAGCACCGGUGCAAAGAAGAGUAACAAAGCCUAAAGAGUCUCCUGCUAAAAAGGUCAAGAGAUUAUCCGACGGCCUACUGCCUGCAGAUGGCACUCCGCAAGCCAAGCACAUUAGGUUGAGCCUAGUUGAGAAUCUUAGCCAAGACGAGGUCUCCAACAGUAACACGGAUGUGUCCAGGCUAUCACCUAUCAUUGGGAACGGGUCUUCGAAAGAGCCGGAAAAGCCAAAGAUUGUUCAUAAAAGCGCCAAGCCUCAUGACAGUACUUCGCACGAGGUUCCGGAUACAGCAACGGGAGAGCACAUUGACCAGCACACUGCUAAUCACGCAUCUUCGAGCCUGAGUUCAGAAGGAGAUGUAAAUUUGGCGUUACUCGAGGAUGGUGCUGCCAAUGUGACCGUACCAUCACCAAUCCCUUCCAUUACUGGUUCUCUACUCAAUAUGAACAAUCGAUUUACAUACGCAAACAAAAAACGCCCGGCUGCUAACAGUACUGCUGCUAUGAAAAGUCAACGGUCAAGCGAUUUUUUUAGUACAGAAGGCCUGGUAUCGGAGAGAACGAAAUCAAGCACAGAUAAUGACGAGGACGAGGAAGACGAAGAAGAUCAAGAGGACGACGAAUCUUCGAGCGUGAGCGAAUCUUUUGGCCCGACUGAAAUUAGCGGUAUUGGGAAUGGGCUGCAAGACAUAAUCAGAAAUGUGUCCACAGUUAAAGUUACGCCGGUAGAUCAUCCAACGUUAUCUGCCAAGAGAAAAGCGACGAUUACUCGGAAAACCUCAAUUAACCAUAAAGAUUCAACUAGUGGUUCGUUCGCGUUAAACAAAUUGGCGGAUGCAAAAGUCACCGUUGCCAAAAAGCCAAAAAUAGUCGCGGCGACCACGCCAACGUUAUCGGUAAUGAGCGAAAACGAGUCAUCCAGUCCAGUCCCAUCAGGGGACAGAGUAUACGAUAUCAGUCCGUCGGACGACGAGACGAGUAGCGCUACAGUGAUGAGCAACAGUACGCUGGAUGUGGGUAUUGAGCACUGCUCGGCAGCAGCCGGGCGUAGAUCGAGCUUACGCGGUCACGUUAAGAAAGAAAAUUGUGGUUGUUGCAACGGUUCUCCCGAGCGGCCCAAGGUAAAGAAGAUCGGUCCUUCCAAGCCCCAGCCAUGCAGCGAUCAAGUGACCGCCAAGCUGAAAAAGCCAAAGCAACAACAGCAGCCAGCGAAGCAACUCGCAAAGAAGAGGUAGUCCUAGCUCCCACGCAUCUGUACAUUCUUCAUUGAGGCUGAGAGAAACGCUAACUCAUCCUCCACCCGCUCUUGUUAAAUUUCGGCGAAAGCUUUGCGAUGAUUUUUUAUAAACGUCUUGAAGACAGGUUUGCCGACGAUACCUCAGUUUAUCCGCAGUUUAUUGAUUGGUUGAUUGUUUUUAGAUGUAGCUCGAUGGCGAUCCCGUUGUAUGUCUAGCGCUUGCCAAACUCGAACAAUUUCAUUCAAAAUGUUCAUGGAUAACGCCAAGACCUUCCCUUAACAUAUUACAUACGCGCAGACAAUUUUCCAAUGUACAUAAUCGCGUCGUAAUAAUCAUUUUCAGAUGAGGGAAAGAGAAAGAAAGCUAGGCAAAUCUUUAGGUGAAAAUUUUUAGGUUAUACAUAUUAAAAAAAUAUAGACUUACAUUAUGUGUAUACAGUUAUAUAUUAUUA